AUGGAGCUUUUUCCUGCUCAGCCCGAUUUAUCCUUACAAAUUAGUCCACCAAACAGCAAACCAUCAUCAACGUGGCAGAGAAGAAGAUCAACAACAGAUCAAGAAGGUCAUGAGGAGCUCGAUUUAGGGUUUUGGAGAAGAGCUCUUGAUUCAAGAACGUCUUCUCUCGUCUCUAAUUCCAGCUCAAAGUCAACCAAUAAUCAUCAUCAUCCACUCGAAGACCUCUCGCUCUCUCACAGCUCUCAUCAUCAACAUCAACAUCAACAGCAACAUCAUCAUCCUCACCUUCUCCCGAAUUGCAACGGCUCUAACAUCUUGACCUCUUUCCAAUUUCAGACACAACAACAGCAACAAUUACAAGGUUUUCUUGCUCAUGACCUCAAUACUCACUUAAGACCAAUAAGAGGAAUCCCACUUUACCAAAACCCUUCUCCACAUCAUCACCACCACCACAACCGUCCGCCGCCUUGUUUCCCUUUCGAUCCGUCGUCUCUAAUUCCCUCUUCUUCGCCGGCUGCUACCGGAAUCAACAACAAUAGCUUUGGUACUAAUAGCGUUAGCAACUCCGGUUUAAUUACAAACCCUAAUUACCACAAUCAUCAACAACAACAUCAUCAUCAGACUCUGAACAGAGCGAGAUUCAUGCCGAGAUUCCCAGCUAAACGAAGCAUGAGAGCUCCUCGGAUGCGAUGGACCACCACUCUCCAUGCCCGUUUCGUUCACGCUGUCGAAUUGCUCGGUGGUCAUGAAAGAGCAACACCCAAAUCAGUUCUUGAGCUCAUGGAUGUCAAAGAUCUCACCUUGGCUCAUGUUAAGUCCCAUUUGCAGAUGUACAGAACAGUGAAGACAACCGACAAAGCAGCAGCUUCGUCAGGACAAUCUGAUGUCUAUGAAAAUGGAUCUUCAGGAGAUAAUAACUCAGACGAUUGGAUGUUCGAUAUGAAUCGGAAAUCUGGAGAUAGCGAUGAAUUGACAAAUCCUCUAGAAAAAUCAAACGGUCUAUGGACAAAUUCUUCCGGAGAGGCACGUUUGCAUGGGAAGCUAAUCGAUAAUGUUGCAGAAAUUAUGCUACCUUCUGAGAAGGAAAUAGAUGGAAAGUGUUCAAGUUAUGAGAGGAUAUCAUCAGAGGAAAUGAGCUCAUCAAGCAUCUCUGGAACAAGCCCCUUUAAGCCUAACCUUGAGUUUACUUUGGGUCGAUCUCACUAA